GUCCGCAUCCUCCGCCGGCGUGGGUCCUCGGGCACCCGUGGGCGGCACAUUUCCUCAAGAUAUUUUUACAGAACCACUUUCAGGAAGGUUUGUGAUGUUGGGAUUGUGAUUUUGCUCAAGCAAGUCAGAUUCUUUAUAAAGGACAACUAGAUAUUAGGGCUGGGAUGGAGGAGUCGGCGCCAGAGGAAGGCCAACUCCCAAGCUCUCACCAGGGCUCUCUGAGGAGGGCUGUAGCUGCUGCCCUGGCCUUCGAUGGGGAGUCCACCAUAGGUCGCAGGAAAAAGAAAAGGAAAGGGUCUCGACCAGAAUCUAUCAUUAUCUACCGGUCAGAUAAUGAGAAAACAGAUGAGGAGCCAGAGGAAGCAGAAGGUGGAGAUCGGCCUAAAGAAGAGGAGGGAGAUGAUUUCCUAGACUGUCCUAUGGAUGAAGGUAUAUGGAACAUGCCUUUGGACAGCCGUUAUGUCACACUAACGGGAACCAUCACUCGAGGGAAAAAGAAGGGUCAGAUGGUGGACAUCCAUGUCACAUUGACAGAGAAGGAAAUUCAGGAAUUGACCAAGCCCAAGGAGCUGUUAAGGGAAACAGCACCCGAAGGAAGAAAGUCAUGCCAGGUGGGAGCAGACCAAGGGCCCCACGUGGUCCUCUGGACGAUAGUCUGCCUGCCUGUGGUCUUCAUCCUCUCUUUUGUUGUCUCUUUCUACUACGGCACCAUCACCUGGUACAACAUCUUCCUUGUGUACAAUGAGGAAAGAACUUUCUGGCAUAAGAUCUCUUAUUGCCCCUGCCUCAUCCUUUUCUACCCAGUGCUCAUCAUGGCCAUGGCCUCAUCCCUGGGCAUCUAUGCCGCUGUGGUCCAGCUCUCCUGGUCCUGGGGGGCAUGGUGGCAAACUGCUAGAGACAUGGAAAAAGGCUUCUGUGGUUGGCUGUGCAGCAAGCUCGGUCUAGAGGAUUGUUCUCCUUACAGCAUUGUGGAGCUGCUUGAAUCAGAUACUAUCUCAGCCAGUCUCUCCAACAAAGACCCCACCCAGGAAGUAGAAACCUCCACUGUCUAAACUGCCAAUGACUGACUUGCUUUUUUGGCCCAGGUAGACAUCAUCUUGCAAUUCUGGCAGGUUCUUUCUUUAAAUCAUCUUCUGCUUGCUAUAGAUCUGGAAGAUCUUAGCUGAUACUGGUACUGAUCUUGAUGGUUCCAGGAAGGGAGGGAACAGA